AAACCAAUGGUACAUUGAGCUAGAGAGAGAGAGAGAAACCACGCACGCACAACGAGAGAAGGAGAGAGAGAAAUCGGUGACGUCGUUGGAGAUCGAUGGCGGCGAGAGGUAGGAGAAGAGAACGAGAUACGGCGGAAGGAAAUGAAUCGACGACGACGCCGACGGUGAAACGUAGGAAGCUGGAGGAAGUAGAUGUAGAAUCUAGGAUCAUAUUUUCGAAUCGCGGUGGAAUCGUGGCGAGAAAUUCGGCCGGAGCGUCGGAGACCAGCGUCGUUAUCGUUCGACGGCGAGAUUCUCCGGUCGAAGAACAGUGUCGCCAUGUUCCUAGCUCGGAGUAUGAUUUAGAUCGCGCGUUGGUUUCUUGUUGCUCUAGUAAUAGAUCCGAAGAGAAAUCGAAAAGGAGGAUCGAAUUUGUAGAUUUUGAGGAAGAUAACGGUGGUGAUCGAAGGGGAACGUCGUGGAUUUAUGAUAGGAGAGAUCGAGACAGUGAGCAGGAAUCGGUGAACAUGAAUUCGUCGGAGGCUAUGGAGAUUCAAGAGGUGGAGUCUCGCCGCCGGUUAAGGAAGCAGGAAAAGAGCCGUGAGACGGUGAAGGAAGCUGAGCUCGAAGAUUUUUUCCAGGCGGCGGAGAAAGAUCUCCGGAAUAAGAUGUUGGAAUGUUCGAGGAAGUAUAACUUCGAUUUCGAGAAAGAUGAGCCACUUGGUGGACGAUACGAGUGGGUAAAAUUGAAUCCCUAAAGAGGAAGGCGAAGACCUGAAGAGGAUGAUCACUCACCAAGAAGUUUGGUUUAUUUCUCUUCUAUAAUAAUCUAUUAAAAUGUAAUCUAUUGAUUUUUCUUACCCUCAAAAAAAUGUAAAUAUCUCUCAAUAAUCUAAUAACCUUGUAA